AUGAAUUCACUUGCUUCAGUUCUAUAUUCUUCGUCCUCGACAACGAAAAAACGGAGCAAUCUCUCGCUACAACCCUCCUUAAAACCCGUGCCAACGAUGGAUUCGAAGUCGUCAACAAAAUGUAAAGUCAGUGGCAUGUUAUUUCGUUCAUCAACACCUAAAACAUCUUUAACAACAGCAGUUCAUCCCGUCUCGACAUCGUCGUACUUUUCGGCGACUUCUCCACGAAGUCCACGUUGUUCAACACCCAUAUUCGCAAAACAAAGACGAACACGGCCAUUUAUUGCGUGCGAGCUUUGUCGACAACGUGCCUUUGCAUCGAUGAAUCCAAACAAACCCGAACAAAAACACGUUUCCUAUCACCAUACAACAACACUUGUUCACUGUCAAAAUCAAACAAAUCUAAAAGUCCGCCGCCGACGUUCCUCUAUUGAACAAUUACUUGUCUGGAUCGUUUAA